GCUAAAAUUCAAAAUCACAUGACGUGUCUUUGCUUCCUAUGUGUAUCACGUGACUACGACGAGUUGAGUUCCAUCAUGGCGGUCUGCAUUGCUGUCAUUGCAAAGGAGAACUACCCUUUGUACAUUCGCAGCGUUCCUACACAGAAUGAGCUGAAGUUCCAUUACACUGUACAUACGUCCUUGGAUGUAGUAGAGGAGAAAAUAUCAUCAGUGGGCAAAGCCCUGGCAGACCAGAGAGAACUUUACCUGGGAUUGUUGUACCCCACGGAGGACUACAAGGUAUAUGGCUAUGUGACAAAUUCCAAGGUGAAGUUUGUCAUAGUGGUGGACUCCUCAAAUACGUCUCUACGGGAUAAUGAAAUUCGAAGUAUGUUCAGAAAGUUACACAACUCUUUCACUGAUGUGAUGUGUAAUCCUUUUUACAUUCCCGGAGAUCCAAUCCAGUCAAAGGCCUUUGACAGCAUGGUUUCUGCAAUGAUGGUGCAAGCUUGCUAACAGCGUCCACUGAACACUUCUGUACAUAAGCUUUAUUGUUUUGUCAUGUCAAUUAAAAUAUUGUAUUGGAACGGAA